UGCGCAUUCUUCAACAAUAUAUAUAGUCCCUAAGUAUCUCUAUAUUUCUACACCAUAGUCUCUUUAAUUUCCUCUCUACUCUCCUUAGUCCCUAGCUAGCUAACUUAAAUUUCCUUACAUAUAUGGCUUCUACUGGUGGCAAAUCUCAUUCUCUAAUAACUACCUCAAAACGCUCCGUUUUGCUGAAGGACUACCUCAGGGAUGACCUGAGUUCAUGUUCAUCGAACGGUUUCAAAUCGCUCACACGCCAACAAUGCUGCACCACCGUGGGAUUUUUCAUGGAGAAAGAUCUCCAACUCCAACGCAAAAGAAGGAACACAUUCACUCCACGGUCCACUACAUCUUCUUCUUCAUCAACCAUAUUGGCUCUGCAGAGAGCUUCUGGAGCCAUAAUCAACGCGAUAAAGUCACUGCCGUUGUCACAAAAGAGUGGUGUCGCUGGUGUUCUUUCUAGAAGCUUUUCGAGGAAGGUGUUGAGUAGAAGGUUCUUCUGGAGAAAAGCGGCGGCGAGGGAAGAGGGAAGCGAAGGUGUGCCGCGGAGGAGGAAAUCUUUCCGCGAACUCAUUAUGCUGGAUCAUGAGGAGCAUCGUAAAGCGACGUCGUCGUUGAAUGAGGAUACUGAUACUACCGUUUUCGCUGCACAUGCCCCGAGCGUCACCACCUCUUCGGGUCGCGGCAGUGAAAGCUGGGGAGACAGUGAAUUCACUUUUGCGUCUAACGCUGCUUCUUCUUCCUCUGAGAGCUCCAACGAGAAUUACCUCGUACUUGAGGAUACAAAAGAAGGUGCGCCACAUCACAAGCUGGAACAAGUAGUAACCAAGGAAUAUUGGCCAAAUGACGAGAAGGAACAAUUUAGCCCUGUAUCAAUACUAGAUUGCCCAUUUGAAGAUGAAGAAGAUAAUUACAAGUCUCAUAUCAAUUCCACUUCCAUUAUUCUUUCCUUUUCUGAAGGAAGGAAACACAAGCACAUGCACAAAAGAUGCCAUUUUGAAAGCGUGGUUCCACUGGAGCCGGUGGUUUUGGAGAAAAAGUUCGCGCGGUUAGAGCUGGAGGAUGAACCACACAAGCAUUCUACGAAACAAUGUUCCACCGUAUUAGCUCCAACAUUUCGUCGUGACAACAAUAACAACAUCGAGGAGAAUGCUCGCGAUCUUCUCAACUUAGUUAAAAGGUCAAUUGCACCCAACGUUUUGAUAACAAAGGCAGAGAAUUUGCUGUUUGAUUUCUUCAAGAAGAGUAUAGAGGAAAACAAAGACAUUGAUUACUCAAAGAAGCUUCAACUUUGCAAGGUAGCUGAGGAUUGGAUACAUGGGCAACCCCAAGAACCGUAUUUGGGUUGGGAAGUGCAGGGAGGAAAGUGUGUCUACAUUAGAGAGAUGGAUAAGUGUGAGGAGUGGAAAAACUCGUAUCAAGAAAUACAACAAUUGGGUCAGGAGCUGGCAAACGAGGUAUUCACUAAUUUGGUGAAUGAGUUCAUAUUUGAACUCACGACACGUGCUAGCUAGUAGCCACUAAAGAUGAGAUGUUGCAACUUGCAAGUAUCUUCCUCAAUUGUUUUUUUUUUUCUUUUUACAUUAAUUGUAUUAGCCUCUUCUCCCUGUCUUGGGGACACGGGAGGCUAAAUUUUGGAAGGAACUAUUAGGGGAAAUUUUGAUUUUUUUUUUAGUUAUGAUGUUUUUCUUACUCAUAUCCUACAUGAAUAUUGCUUUGACA